AUAAAGCAGCUGUGCCCUUGCCUUCCAAGCAGACCAUCUCGAGGCUGAGCAUCCGCUGUCUUCAGAACCUCUGAGAUCCUGGUGCAGCAGCUGGGGCAGCCAUGGCUAGGGCAUGCAGUCUAGGCCUGCUUCUGCUGCUGUUGCUGCUGCUGCGGACUGUAGUCACUGUCUCCUUGCCUGUCAUUGUGGUCCGACUCAACAAGGCAGCAUUGGAUUAUGUGUCGGACAUUGGGAAAGCCCCUCUCCAGCGGGCCCUGCAGGUCACUAUCUCUGAUUUCAUGGAUCCAAGUGGGGAGGUGCUUCAGUCUACCAGGGUUCAGAUUCUGGAUGCCCACGUGCCCUUCUUCUACUUGAAGUUCAUUGCUGGUUUUGGGGUACAUUUAUCAGCCGCAGCCAAUUUCACCAUCAAAGUCUUUAGUGUCCCAGAGCCCAUGGAGCUGGUGCUGCCUGUAGACUUGCUGGCUGAUGUGCACGUGGCCCGGGACUCUAUUGGGACCCUUGUGCUCAGCGUCCCUGCCUGCUCUUCCAUCUUCAGUCCAGCCGGCAUGCUGGAUGGCAGUAUCAGUACCUCCCAGGAGCUGCUCGACCGGGUGCAGGAGCACAUCAAAGCUGACCUAAACAACAAGCUGUGCUUGCAUGUCUAUGGCCUGGUCCAGGAUCUCAAUGUUCACUUGGGCACUUUAAUCGGCCUCAGUCCUGUGGGCCCUGAGUCCCAGAUCCGCUACUCCAUAACCAGCAUGCCCACCAUCACCAGUAACUAUAUAUCCCUAGAUAUCGGAGCCAUUCUCUCUCUUCUUGGCAAACCCAUCCUCCUGCCUAUGCAUGGUGCUCACCCCUUUGUGUUGCCAUGGCCUUUGGGUGAUGCAGGAGCCAUGGCAACUGUGGGGCUCUCCCAGCACCUGUUUGACUGUGCCCUCCUGAUGCUUCAGAAGGCUGGCUCUCUCAACCUGGAAAUCACAGGGCAGCUGAAUUCGAAGAACAAUCCUCUGAACACCUCUGUGCUGGGCCAGCUCAUCCCUGAGGUGGCUCACCUGUUCCCUGAGCCUACACCACUGGUACUCAAGGUGCAGCUGGGUGCCACACCCGUGGUCACUCUCCACACCAGCAACUCCACUCUCCAGCUGCAGCCCUUGGUGGAGGUCUUUGCUGCACCCUCGAACUUAGCCUUGCAGUUCCUUUUCUCCCUGGAUGUGAUGGUGAACCUGGACCUUCAGCUCUCUGUGUCCAAGGCGAAGCUUCGGGGGAGCACAUCUCUGCUGGGGGGAUUCCAGCUCUCUGUGGCCACCUCCAAUGUGGGCUCUGUUGAUAUGGAUCAAGUACUCACACUCAUAAGCACCGUAUUCCAGAAACCCCUGCUGGAUCAUCUCAAUGCUCUCCUGGGCAUGGGGGUUGUCCUCCCCAGGGUGCACAAUCUACAUUAUGUCCACUCUGAGGUCUUGGUCCGUGAGGGCUAUGUUGUGGUAUCCAGUGGACUUGCCUACCAGCACUGAGCCAGAACCACAAGAGCCAGUUCCUCAAGAGGCUUUUGUCCCCAAGCCUGAGGACAGAGCCGCAUCAAGUCAUCAUCAGCAAGUCAGCCAGCCUGUUUGGUCUGCUUCCCCUUUGCUGGACACCUGCGUCCCUCUCUUGUUUCCUCUCCUCUUCUUAUGCCCCCUCCUGGGGAGGAGGCUACUGGAUGUAAGCUGUGCAGACCUGCUUCCCUCAGCAUUAAAUGUCUUCUCUUGAGCUGC